AUGGGAAAUUGUGUCAGCCGUAAAAAAUCAUCCACCGUAAAGACCCUACCUUCUUCUAAUUAUAAGAAACGAGAAUCCACUUUAUCAAGCACAAUUAUCAAAUCUAUUCCCCAGGCUGAUGCAUCCAAAACAAUACCUCAGACUGAGGAAAUCAAAAUCGAAACCAACACAAAUUCAGUUUCAAAUGCAAGGAAAAUGAUCAAGAAAAAAGCUCCUGUUGCUGACCAUCGAAAAAAGAACUUACUCCCUGGUAAAUGCCAAAAUUUGAAUUUUUAACAUUUUAUAGGAAAAUUCCUGAUAUUAAUAAGAAAAUUUUGCCUUAUCAAGGGAGUUAGAAGAUGUAGACGCACCCAAUGCGAUUGUGACUGAAAAAGUUAAAUCUGAUAGGGAAAUUGAAGAUUUGCGAAAAUCAUUGGCAGCAAGCUCACUUUUCAGCAGCUUGCCAGAGGAAAAUCUUCACCUUAUUAUAGACCAAAUGAAAUAUUAUACACUUGGGGCGAGAGAAGUUGUAUUUAAUCAAGGCCAGCCAGGAAACAACUUCUUUAUAGUCGCAUCUGGCAGGGUUGAAAUUAUAGUCAAUGGAGAAACCAAAGGGUUUCUUUCCAAAGGGAAAGGGUUUGGAGAACUUGCACUUUUGCACGACUCUUUAAGAACUGCUACUGUUAUUACACUCGAUAAAGCUACUUUGUGGGGAAUUGGAAGACAAGCCUUCAGAAGCGCAGUGGAAAGUGUUAGUAAUCAGAAAUAUAUUGAAAAUAAAAAUUUUAUUGAUAAUGUGCCGAUUUUGAGUUUGCUUACACCAGCACAAAAAGACGCUUUGCUUGCUGUUAUGGUCUCACAGGAUUUUGAACCAGGACAAAAAAUUGUAUAGCUUAUCCUCCAUAAUAGAUAGCAAUGGCUAAAAACUGACCAGAAAAAGCAUGGUCUAAAUGCCUUAUAAAGUCUAAGUCUAGGCUUCUCAAAACAAUAGAAAGAGAUUUUAAUUUCGUUAUAUUUCAAAAAGGUCAUAUCGACCUAUUAGAACGUAGCGGCUAUAUCAGAAGGAGACCCAGGAGACUUAUUUUACGUAAUUAAAGAAGGGGUUGUAAGCUGCACUGUAAAAGGAAACGAGAUAAGACAGCUAAGCAAAGGAGAUUUCUUUGGGGAGCAAGCACUAGUUUACAAUACAACCAGAACAGCUACAAUCACAGCCAUUGCCAAAGCUUCUAUACUGUCUUUAGGAAGAGAAGACUUAACACGAGUUUUAGGCGACCAGCUGCAACAAAUUAUCUAUAGAAACACUCAAAGAAUGUCCAUCGAAAAAUCUCAGACACUAAAAGUCCUUACAAAGCUCCAAGCAGAAUCUGUUAUUGAUAAAAUGAAAGUUUCAUCAUAUCAUGAUGGAGAAAUAGUCAUCGCAAAAGACUACCCAAAACAACAAAUGAUAUGAAUGGUAUUAAAAGGCAGCCUGAUGGCUUCAACUGUAAAAGUCGACGUUUUUCAAUUUAUUGGAGACAUGGAUUUUUUACCACCAAGCUCAGUGAAAUAUGAUACAAGUUAUUUGGCAGUAGGGGAUACUGAUGUAGCAGAAAUAUCAUGGGCAGAUCUAGAAGCGUGUAUAGGAGGAAGGCUUGCAAAUAUUUCGCAGCAAAAUCAAGUACUAGGCAUUUUGAGGAGGGUGCAGCUGUUCAGAGCUUUAAGUGUAAGUAAAUUAGAACAAUUAGCAUCAGUUCUAAGAGUCAGGGAUUAUUAUGAUCAAGAACCUGUAUUUUUGCAAGGAGACCCAGGUGAUGCAUUUUAUAUUGUAAAAGAAGGGCAAGUAGAAAUCCAUAAAGACGGAGUUUUGAUCAGAACUAUUAUAAAGCAUGAUUUUUUUGGAGAAAGGUCAAUCAUUCUGCAAGAAAGUAGGACUGCUACUGCAGUUUCAAAAGGAAACACAAGCUGCUGGAUUUUGGAAAAGCAGCAGUUUUUAAAUUUAAUUGAUGAAAACAUCAGGAACCAAAUCCUUAAAAGAAUGGAACUCCAAAAUGACUCUGUGCAGCUCACUGAGCUUGCUAUUAUAAAAACCCUUGGCAAAGGAAUGUUUGGAAAUGUGUUUUUAGCUGUCCAUAGAAAAGUAAAAACCCCUUAUGCCUUAAAAACAGUCCACCGAGGCAAGAUUCAAGCUUUCCAAAUCCAUGAUAACUUGGUCCUUGAACGAAAAAUUUUACUUGAGCUUGACCAUCCUUUAAUUAUGAAACUUGUAAAGACCUUCAAAGACCCUGAAAGGAUAUAUUUUCUUACAGAAUUUGUCCGAGGCCAAGAUCUCUUUGAUGUACUCAGAGUCCUAAACUUACUUACAAACGAGUGGUCAAAAUUUUAUGCUGGCUGCGUUUUCUUAAUGCUUGAACAUUUGCAUGAGAGAAAUAUAAUUUACCGGGAUCUUAAGCCUGAAAAUAUCAUGAUUGAUGAAUAUGGAUACCCAAAAUUGAUUGAUUUUGGAACAGCAAAACAAAUAGACUCAAGAACGUAUAUAGCCCGAUCCCUGCUUUGGAUCGGGCUUGACUGAAAUCGGGAAUGGAAUUGACAAGCCAACGUUGACUGGCAAAGUCAACUCUCAAUAUGGCAAAUCCUCUUGUUAUUGGAUAUUUGCCAUCUGGGGUAUUAAAUUUGCCAGAAAACUUUGGUUUGCCAACCCCAUCUUACAUCUCCCGAUUUAGUCAAGCCCAAUCCAAAGCAGAGAUCGGGCUAUACAGUUGUAGGGACACCUCAUUAUAUGGCUCCUGAAGUUAUCAUUGGAAAAGGCUAUGGCCUAGCUGCUGACUAUUGAACGGUAGGAAUCAUGAUUUAUGAAUUUUUCUGUGGGAUUGUCCCAUUUGGCGAAGAUGAAGAAGAUCCUUAUAAGAUUUAUGAAAAAGUCAUUGAAAGGAGGCUUGUUUAUCCACCUUAUGUAGGCCCAAAUAUGAAAGCAGCACCUUUUAUUGAAAUGCUUUUGUCAAAAAACCCUUCAAUGAGAGGCACAGUUGAAACUAUUAAAGAGCACAAGUGGUUUCAAGGGCUUGAUUGGGACGGGUUGUUAGGGAAACAAAUUAAAGCUCCUUAUGUGCCAAAACUUGAAAGUUUAGCUGGAGAAAUUGAGCAUGGCUUGAAAAGAAAUAAAGAUGUGACAGAGUUUAUUAUGGUAUUUAUUAUUUAGAGAGAAGAAGUUAAUGAUCUUGCAGAAAUUCCGAAGAAAAGGGGGAAAAGUCCGCCUGAAGAUUGGGAUCACGAUUUCUAG